AUGGCUACUUCUACUAAACAUAAGAAACGAGAUGGUAGUUUGUCUUCGCUUGCCCCUCGUGAGAUCAAUGUUCAGAAAUUUGCGGAGGCUCGAGCAGCAGAGCUCGAAUCACUUCACUCGAUUGUGUCUGAUCGUCUGAACAAGAACUUUCGGUCAAAGAGGAACCAGAGGACAAGGACCAAUGAUUUUAGUAACCAAUCUGCAAAGAGACGUAAUAGAAAAAGGCAAAGAUCAGAGUCAUUGAUUUGUCAAGCAUCAAGAGACCGUGAAACAAAGAUGUCUAGACGAGUUAAGAGGAGAAUGGAACUUAAAGGGAACCCUGAAUCAGGGUUUUGUACCUCUAAUGAUGGAACAAAGAGGCUGAGAACACAUGUUUGGCAUGCUAAACGGUUUUCUAUGACUAAGCUUUGGGGUUUUUACAUUCCUCUUGGCUUACAUGGAAGAGGAAGGGGAUCUAGAGAUAUCUUGAAGAAGUCUAGGCAAGGUGUUCUUGUGCAUGAUGCAAGCUAUCACAUUGCUGUGCAAUUGGAGGGUCCAAAGGGCUCACUCUUGUCGAUACUUAAUAUGUUACUAGAGCCUUCUCCGUCAUCUCAUUCCAAGGAAGUUUUCGACUCUAUUCUCACAGGCCUUUGUCAUGAAAGCGCCAUGCUUUAUAAUGUCGAACCACCGGUUUCUCAGCCGAUUGCUCCUGUAAUUUAUAUGUGGAGACCUUCUCAAUUACUUGAGAGAAGAGAUGACGUGGAAGGGGGUGACGGCAUAGGAACUGAUGAUGGUCCAGUCUCAAAUGAAAAUUGUGUAGACGUUCGAAAACUUUGGGUGUGGAUCCAUGCUUCUUCUUUCAGUGAGGGAUAUGAUGCUCUUAAACUAGCUUGUCAAAAACAGAUGGAUGAGACAGGUGUCUCAGUUGAUUGCAUUUCACUCGAGGGUCAACUUGCAAAACUUGAGAUUUUUGGUCCAAAAGCAUCUCAUCUUCUUCAAAAGACCCUACAUCCUAUUACAAGUAGCUCAGAAGAGCCCUCUGGUUUAAGAAAGUGUUCAAUGGCGAAAGAUGAAGUUAAGAACGUUGCUGAUCCUUACAACGAAGAGAACAUAUCAUCUUGUGCUAUUUUAGCACGUUUUGUCAUGGAUCCGCGGUUAAUCCCUAAUAACCCAUGUGAUGAUGAUACAGUCUCCGUCGAAACGACCAAAGAUGAGGCUAUUGAGUCACUCGAAACAAUUAUCAAAACUGAGGUUGAAACUUCUGCUGAAGUUUUCAAGUGCUUGUGGGAUGCAAAUAGUGAAUUGGCCCCUCCAGAAGAAGAGAACAUAUUGUGUUGGGAAAAACAUCAAAACCGUAUGGAUUCUUUUUGCCUCGACGACUCAGCUGCCGAGGUUCCAAAGGUAUCUAGCAGGCUGAGGAGUUCGAGGUCUUGUCCUUUACUGCUUCUCAAACAUAAAAAACUCGGGAAUGCGCCUGCCGGAUGGUCUCUUAUACUUCCCCUUAGUUGGAUCAAAGUCUUCUGGAAUGCCUUUGUCUCAAAAGGAGCUCAUGCAAUAGGUCAAAGAGAGAAACGCUGGGUUUCUUGUGAUGCUGGUUUGCCUUUUUUCCCAUCAGAUUUUCCUGACUGCAAAGCAUAUUCAUCUUUAACGAGCGAGGCCGCAGACUUGGAGGAAAAGGCACAACGACGCCCUCCUGCCAUAAGACCAUUUAGAAUUCCCAUUCCACCUCCAUGGAAUAGUAUCCAUGUCACUCGUUGUGUUGGAGAGAGUUCCAAUUUAAAGCUUACAAGCGAUGAGACAAACGGAACUGAAAUUUCGAGUGCUGGUAGUAAUCUAUUUGAUGGUAUUGUGGCAAGAACAUCAGAUUCGCUGAGUACUUUUCUCCAAACUUUCGCAAGUGACAGCUUGCAUUUAUUCCCUCAAAACACUACAAAAAUGAAGACGGUUCAGGAAGAUGAAACAAAAGCAACAGCUCAGAUCCGUCAAAGUAGUAAUAAACUGUGCCUCCUCAGAGUUCUUCUAAAUGCUUUCAAAGAAGGUUCUUUCGAGGAAGGCGCUGUUGUAUGCGCACCAUCUCUCACAGACUUAUCAUUAUUAAAAUCCAGCUGCAGUGAAGGAGAAGAAAGGAGUGUUACAAUCCCGCAAUCUUCUGUAAGUUCUUACUUCUUAGAACAACCUUGUGGAACAUGGAAAUUAAAUGUCCCUGAAGAAGACAGUCUUGCAAAGGAAUCUCAUAGAUGGCCUAUCGGGUUUGUAACGACAGGAUUUGUCCGCGGGAGUAAAAAGCCGACCGCAGAAGCUCUGUGUGAUGCAGUGUUGUUAGGGAGACUAAGAGAUGAGCAAUGGAGAGACAAAGAUGUGAAACGGAGGAAGAAGGAGAUAUAUGUUUUGGUUAGAAACCUAAGAUCUUGUGCUUAUAGACUUGCACUUGCUACUAUUGUUUUGGAGCAACAAGACUACUCUCGUGAUGUCCAAUGCUUUUGA